GUAAAAUGUAGAAGAAGCCAGUGCACUGAUCACCGGAACAGCUUAAGUUGUGUACAUCCGGCUAGAAAGAAAGCGCUUGAAGGAAACAGCUAACUUUCUCGAGCUAUAAUUUAGUAAACUAUUCGAGUUUUUCACCACCAAAAUGUCCAAACUAGAGGUGUUCAAGGAUUUUAUCACUGAGCGAUUAACAACAGCAGCUUUGGAGAUAUUUGCUGCCGCUGAAAAAUCGUUUGCAGAGUUCGAAGAGGAGAUUUCUCGUUCGAAGGAGGAGAGUGCGCGACUGCAACGGUUGUUGGAUGUUGUUACUCAACCUGAAAUCAAGAUUCACCGAGCAGAUGUGCAGCAGCUCUCUCUCCCGGAGCCCCCACAGAUUAAAGAGGAACAGGAGCUGUGGACCAGUCAGGAGGAAGAGCAGCUCCAAGGACUGCAGUCUGAAACUACAGACUCCAUGUCCAUUUCUACCAGUGUGAAACAUGACUCUGAUCAGGAGGGUGUUUCUGAAUGUUCACAUGUUGACCAAACUGUUAAAGUGGAGAACAGAAAAGGAGAUUCUCUACCCACCAACACAACUGAGGAGCAAAUCAAAGCAGAGCCUGAUGGACAAGACUAUGCAGCACCAGAACCAGGCAGUGACUCUCAGCCCCUCUCUGUUGUAGCUCCAGACUGUCCUACAGCUCAGAGUUUGGAGGAGGAACAUGGAGGAGUGCUGCUUUUUCAGAACAGAACACAAAACAUUGAGGCUCAGCCAAGGGAAAAUAUCCCACAGAGACGUAACACAAUACAUCAGUGUCAACAAUGUAACAACACUUUCAGUCAGAAAAUUAAUUUGGUUUCUCAUAUGAGGACACACACAGGAGAGAAACCCUAUCAAUGUCAAAGAUGUAACAAACGGUAUUCUCAGAAGGUUAAUCUGGUUGGACACAUGAGGACACACACGGGAGAGAAGCCAUAUCAAUGUCAGGAAUGUAGCAAAAGAUUUAGCGUGAAGUCAGAUAUGGUUAGACACAUGAGGACACACACAGGAGAGAAACCUUUUCAAUGUCAGGAAUGUAGCAAACUAUUUGCUCGAAGUGGUACUCUGGAAAAACACAUGAGGACACACACAGGAGAGAAACCUUAUCAAUGUCAGGAAUGUAGCAAACUAUUUGCUCGAAGUGAUUCUCUGGAACAACACAUGAGGACCCACACUGGUGAGAAACCAUAUCAAUGUCCGGAAUGUAGCAAACACUUUUUUCAUAAUUGUUCUCUGUAUAAACAUAUGAAGAUACACAGGUGAAAACCCGUAUCAAUGUCAACAAUGUAACAAAUCUUUUCCUGUGAGGCUGAGGCCUAUACCAUGAAGCAAGUUCAAUAUACCUGGUAUAUAUUGUAUUUAGCUGGCUUUGCCAAGCUUAACUACAGCAAACUAUAACAUUAAACAUAUAUUAAGGCUAUUAGCAACACCAUUGCUGUUGCCAAAAGCAGGAAAGAAAGCUGUAUAAAAGUUAACAUGAGGACCCACACAGGAGAGAAACCCUACAGCUGCCCACUCUGUGACUAUUUAUGUGAAACAAAUAGCCAAUGAAACAUUCACCUGCGUAUCCACAAUAGAGAAACUUCAAAGCAGUGAUGUCUUGGGCCAAGCUGUCCCAGCAGUCACCACCUGAGAGAACUUAUGUAUGACCCACAGCUGGAAGAACUACUGUCCUACACCUACUGGGACAGCACAUGCAUUAACACCAGCUCUACAGUCCAACAUGACAGGACACAGGAAAGAUACUUUACACCUGUAGUGAUGUAGGAAAGCUGUGUUAUACUGCAUAGAAUGUUGGUAAAACUAUGACUGACACUUUCACAUUUUAAACUACAUGGAUUUGUGUUGUUAAAAGUGGCUGGUAAUGUAUAGGAACUCUUGAGGGACAUGUGUGUUGUUCUAAACACACCCUGAAAAUGUAUUAGCAUUUCCAGGGACACCAGACUUGGUGGUUCUGAUGCAGAGGGUUACUGUGUCUCUCACCAAGUGAUCACUUGCUUUUGGUUUUCAGACUGUACUGAUUAUAUUUCAGAUGACACUGA